GUAAGAUGGCAGGAGCAGCUGAUGAAAAGCCAGAUGAGUUCAACAUGUUCUAUGUGAAUUUACCUGAAGAGUCAGGUAGAACGCCUGCUGGAAACGAGGGGAGCCACGCUGCACCUGAUCCAGGUAGAAAGUUAUUCAAACUGGUCGGUGUUGGCCUUGGACUCCUUUGCAUCCUGCAAGCUGCUCUCAACGUUUCUCUCCGUCUGACACUGUUCAAAUCUGACACUCAGCCAUCACCUACAGAGACCGUGUGCAGAAAUGAGACAGACAAGCAGAGACAACUCAUUGGGCACUACAUCCAACGGGGAUGGCUGUAUUUCCAUACCAGCUUGUAUUACAUUUCUGUCAAUACGACAACCUGGCAAGAGAGUAGAGAGUUCUGUCUGCAGCAUGAAGCAGAUCUGGUGAUUAUAAACACCAAGGAGGAACAGGACUUUACAAGACAGUUUCACAGACACACAUGGCUUGGACUUCGUAACGUCACUAAGUCAGGAAAGUGGACAUGGGUAGAUGGGACUCUGCUGACCAAAAGCUACUGGGGGGAUGGAGAGCCAAACAAUUACAAAGGCACAAAUGAAGGCUGUGUGGAAAUAAAGUUCUUUGCGUUUGAAAAUAGCUGGAACGACACACCGUGUAAUGAUCAAAACUUUUGGAUCUGUGAGAGAAUGGUGGUUCUGUAAAUAAAACCAAACCAAGUUAGAGACCAUUGAAGUGGAGCUGAAGCUCCUAACUUAUAAUCAGUGAAUGGAAAGCUAGUCUCACAGUUUUAUGCACAUUGAAAACAGUGUUUUAGAUGUUGGAUGGGGGGAAAGGACUUCUUGUGAUUUAUGCUCAGUUAAUCUUGAAAGCAAAAGUGGUCACGAAAAAGUCAUAUUUUUUUUAAUUGCUGUGAAUAAUACAGUAGCCAAUCUUACAGAUUGGCGACGGUUAAUUUUAAUCUAGAUUUAUAUCACCAUCAAGUAAAACCUUAGUUUGUAGUGAAAUCUCCUAUCAGGUUGUAAAAUGACUAUAAAGUAAA